CGGAAAACAAUAUUGUAGUCGCAUCAAACUUGAAGACAUUCCUCUCAAUCGUCAUUGUUUACCACUAACAGUUUACCACCAUAAAUACCUGGUGUCAAAAGGAAAUUGCCGCAACAGUUGACCCGCGUUUCAGGUGUUGAUGGGUUAAUGAUUGUUCAUAACCGCCGCGAUGUCUUUCUAUACUUUACUGUAAAUGACGAAAAUGCCUGGCAAUCCAUGCAGUAAAGACCAAGAAACAGAGUAUGAUAUGAACCCAUAUGAAAGUUUUAUGCGCAACCAUCUCAGACAUUAUGGAUACUACACAGGUCGUAAUGAAGGUUAUCGUACCAAUAUAACUGUCUUUGAAGACUGGGAACGCACUCACGGCUAUGAUGUCAGUGACAAUGAAUCAGAAACUGAAUACGAGAACCAAGCACUGAAAGACGAAAAUGCGGACAACCGGUUUCAAGAUGAAAGAACAACUCAGCUUGUUUUCAGUUACCACCAGGGUAAAAUGGUGCCUAAACUGCGAGAACCUAGAAACCUGUAUGCUCUUACCAAGGAACAAGGAGCCCAGCAUGCUGCAAGAUGGCCAUCUUCUAUUGAAGUAUUACCAAACAGAGUAUCACACAUAGAGUAUGUACCAUCUGAACCGGAGCCAUUCUAUGAACUAACGGGUUUAGAAAAAACACCAAUGCCAUUACCUGAAGGAGAAGGAAGGGUGGUUUAUUAUAACCCAGCACCAAAGGAUGCUUAUUUCAUAAGGUCACGUGUUGGUGGAAACCGUAAUGGCUGUGUGAAUCGAGCAGUUAAACUGACUGGUCCAGAUGAUACAACACUCAUAUUUGAAUCCAGAUUUGAAGGCGGCAAUUUAUACAAAGCUGUGCAAGUAUCAGAAUACGAGUAUGAACUAUACCUUCAUUACGAUCUGUAUACAAAGAAGCAUACCCAGUGGUAUUACUUUCGUUUUCAAAAUACAAGGACUGGUGUUCGCUAUAGAUUUACUAUUGUUAAUCUUAUGAAGCCUGGUAGUCUAUACAACCAAGGGAUGAGACCUUUACUAUAUUCAGAGUAUAACGCUGCUCACAAUAAAGUCGGAUGGAAGCGAUGGGGCGAGGAUAUCAAGUAUUAUAAGAAUAACGUUAGGCGUACCAAUGUGAAAGGAGACAAAUCAUAUUAUUCGUUAACAUGGACUGCCACGUUUCAACGGAACAAUGACAUUUAUUACUUUGCUCAUUGUUACCCAUAUUCUUAUUCAGAUUUACAGAGAUACUUACUAAAUUUACAGAAUGACCCUGUACGAAAUCGGUUUUGUAAACAGCGUGUAUUAUGUCGUACAUUAGCUGGUAAUUUAGUCUACGUAUUAACUAUCACAUCACCAUCAAUCAACCCACAGCAUGCUAAGAGUAAACGUGCUGUGAUCCUCACAGCUAGGGUACAUCCUGGAGAGACACCUGCUAGUUGGAUGAUGAAGGGAUUUCUAGAUUAUCUUACUGGGGACUCAGCUGAUGCUAAGUUAUUGCGAGAUACGUUUGUAUUUAAAGUGAUACCCAUGCUGAAUCCGGACGGUGUUAUCGUUGGCAACUAUAGGUGCUCAUUAGCUGGCCGAGAUCUUAAUAGGAAUUAUAAAUCAGUACUUAAAGACUCUUUUCCGUCAGUUUGCCAUUGUAAAGUACUUAUUAAGAAGCUGAUGGAGGAGAGAGAAGUAGUGGUUUAUUGUGAUUUACAUGGACACAGUAGAAAACAGAAUGUAUUUAUUUAUGGAUGUGAAAAUAGACAUGAUCUAGCCAAGAGAUUUAGAGAAAGGAUCUUUCCUUAUAUAUUGAAUAAGAAUGCUCCAACAAAGUUCUGCUUUGAGAGUUGUAAAUUUAAAGUUCAGAAGAGCAAAGACGGUACUGGUCGUGUUGUCAUGUGGCAGAUGGGAAUUAUGAAUAGCUUUACAAUGGAAGCUACAUUCUGUGGUACAUCACUGGGUAAGCAGCAUCAUUUCAGUACUAAGGACUAUGAGUCGUUAGGGUAUCACUUCUGUGAUUCGUUACUUGAUUACUGUGAUCCCGAUAACUCAAAGUGUGCUCAAAUUCUUUGUCACUUGGAGGAGAGAGUACGACAGGAGAUAUUGGCACAUCUACGGGCUGUAGGAUCACCAAUACCAGACGAUGGUAUUGUGGAUUUAGAUGAAGACUACACAUCUGCUGUGGAAUCAAGUACAAGUGGAUCGGAUAGUUCUGUGGAUGAUGGUUUGCCUGUGCACUUAUUGGCUAUUGCUCCCAAGCUGCAGAAGAAGAAGAAAUUAAAGACAAGAAAAGAACGUGAUAAGAAGCGCAAUGCAUCAGAUAAAUAUUCUAGUGAGAAAAGAGAAUCGCCUUCAGCUGAGAAAGAGGGAUUGACUAAAAAGGAAGAUAGGACUAAUACGCCUAAAGUGAUUCGCUAUCAGCACGUCACCAGUAAAGAUUCCCACUCAGCGGGAAGAUUGAAUUAUGCGCGUCAUGAUGCUAGCAGUUCCCAUUCAGCAUUAAACGAUAAAGGAAUCAAAAAGGCGGAAUACUUAGAAGCUUUAACUAAUGCCUAUUUAAAGAACGGUGUCUUGCCUCAAGGAGAGAAUGAAGUUCCAACAUUUCGUUAUACCGCCGGACAGCGCGGCUGGUCUAGCAUGCCAGUCAGUGGCAAUGUAGAAGGGUUAUGCCCUCAUCAUGAGAAGACAUUCGCUGCACAGUACGUCGCUAACCAUCUCUCAGAUUUGCAAUUUGCUGAUGAUCAUUAUGAGUGGGGACAUACAACUAAAUCAGCCGAAGAGAUUCCAUCAUCGCGAGGUAGCAGUGGUCAGCAGCAGCGAUCAAGAUCAAGACGCGACAGCACGUAGUGGCACUCUCAGCUGUGCAGCAGCGACAACAAGAUUUGCUGCAGUUACAACAUCAAAUUAGGAGUUCUCCUGUAGUGCUUACAAACCCAUCAAGACCAACAACAGGACGAGGCAGUCCAAUAAAGACACAUCCAUCCCCAUUUGAUGAGCAGUUAGACAAAGGAGUAUACUGAUUUUGUUAAACGAGGUUAUUCUGCUAAAACAAGAAGUAGUCCAAGUCGUCCUAAUAGUAGAUGCCCUUCAGCCACUCAGAUCAGUUACCCACAGAAUAUUAAAUAUGAUCAGCCGGAGCAUCCAAUGCCAGUGCAAGAGCAGUAUCGACAGCAACUACAGCAGCUACAUCACCAACAACAGCAACAGCAGCAACAGCAAGCAGCAAAAGAGGAAAUACUGAGUAGAGCUAGCAAACAUUACGGUAGAUCUGGUUCUAAAGCCUCCUCUGUUGGUGAUGGUUAUGGACAAGCAGGUACCAAUAGGUAUUUGAAGAACUCAGGCAGAAUCAGUCGCACAGGCAAUUAUAGUGUAGAUUCAGACAUAGUGCAUAGUGAGAUAAUGAGAAGUGAGAGAGAGGCCAAUCACUCCGCUGCAAGUACUAGUGAUGCUUCUGUUAAUGAUGAUGAUGAUGUUCAACAAUCAUUACCAAAACAUGCAUCACAAUCUUCUGUUACCAUGACCACUGUAUCCAAGACUACCAUGACAACCACAGACACUAAUUCCCAAACAGG